GGAACGGUCCCAUGUACAUUCUCUGUACCUGCUUGUGCCGAGACGGUUAACAGUCCGAAAUUGACGGUGCCGAAUGGCACGGAAGUCCGCGUAGUUUACAUUUUGUGUGUUCCAUGGUUGAAUAAUUUUAAUUCGAAAUAUUUACUACAAUAUUAAUUAUUAAAAAGCGUUUAGUAACGGGAACGAUUAUUAUAAUAUAUUGAACACGUUGGAUUCAUAACCACUAGAAUAUUUUCGUCUUUUUUAUAAAACUUUGAACUUUCGGAAGGCGACGACCGUUUCAAAAAUGGUGAUUCAUGCACAUCAGCAGAAUGGUGUCCUCAAUUUAUCACGGAGCACGUUCACUCUAUGACGAUCUGUGGUGUGGCCUCCAUGAAGAGCAUGUACCCGGUGGCUUGGAAACCCAAAUACUUUUUGUUCUCUGCCAUCCUACACGUGUGCAGUUUAGACUUGGUGUUGGGUGGCAUGUGCUGGGCAUCAAUGGGUAAAAAUGGUCUGUGCAAAGACUUGUUGGCUGAACGCUUGACGAAAGAGCAAUGCUGCAAGUUGGGAGGUAGUUCCGUUUCCACAUCCUGGAGCCCAACAGACUUGGACCCCGGAGCGCUGUUUUUCUGGCGCGUCUUGGGCGAUGGCGUGCCAUGUGCAAAGUGCAAAGGAUCUUGCACGGACGUGGAAUGUGUUCCUGGCAAGAAAUGCGUUAUGCGAUCCGGCACGCCUAAGUGCAUCUGUUCACCCAACUGCAAGCAACGCGACGGAUUCACUGUUAAGGGUCCGGUGUGCGGUACGGAUGGCGUUUCAUACAAGUCACACUGCCGACUGAAAAAGAGAUCGUGUCGUACCAGAGACCAAUCGUUGUUAGUCGACUACCAUGGCCUGUGUCAGAGUUCAUGCAAUAAAGUCACCUGCCCGGGAGGCAAAUACUGUCUACAAGAUCAGAACUUGAUGCCACAUUGCGUCAAGUGUGCCACUUUCUGUCCUCCAGGCAUGUCGCCGUCUAGGCUUGUGUGUGGAUCCGACGGCAGGACAUACCAAAGCGCGUGUCAUCUGCGUGAAGCCGCCUGCCGGAUGGGAAAGGCCAUACCAAUAGCUUACAAAGGACUUUGCAAGAAAUCUGCCACGUGUGCUACGGUAAGCUGCAAGAGCGGUCAAAAAUGUCUAGUCGAGAAAAAGACCGGACGUCCGAGGUGUGUGACGUGCAACCUAUCGUGCCCAGACCCGGAAACUUCGGGAAAGCGUAAGGAUACGAGCGGAAAGGUGUGCGGUAGCAACGAUAAGACAUACCACUCUUGGUGUCAAAUGUUCAUGGAUGCGUGCGCCACGGGUGUAGUGAUCGAGACCAAGGCAUCGGGACCGUGCCCAGAAGGCGAAACGGAAGUAUUCAACGGCAAUUGGAAUUACGUGAACGCAUCCAACGUAGUCAUCGAUGGAAUUUGAACGAGACAAAUUGACUAUCGAAACGUGAUAUGAUUCCUUUAGAAAAAUUUAAUGCACAACAUAUAAUAUUAUAUACA